CAGCGGUAGCGGAAAAUUAAAAUUUGAUGUGGAGACUAAAGUGAAAUAAAAUGGAUAUUUUUGUCAAGUUUGUUUCGCAGAAAGUUGGAAAAGUCAGAUGGCAGCCUUCUUCAUUCAAAGGAAUUCAAUUCUCUGAUACAUUUUUAACCGGAAGUUGGGAUGAUGAGGAGAAUAAGAUCUCACUUUGGAAGGUUCCAGGUGUCCAGAACAAGGCAGGAGCUGCAGGAGCUUGGCAACAGGACUAUCCGCAGCAGAAGACCCCAGCCUUGGAAGGCCAGGCAGGAGACGAAGAACAGGAGCCUGUAUUGCUCUGUCAGAUGAAACAUGAUGGGGAUGUCACAGAUAUACAGUUUGUCAACCAGGAUGUUUUCUUAGCUUCUUCAUCAUGCGGAAGUGUUCAAGCAUUCAGAUGCAACAAAGCUAAAGGGGACUUUGCGCCCUCUCAGAAGUGGUCCGGUAUUCAUCACCACCCUGCCGACACCUGUUCCUGUACCUGCGUAGCCGUCAAUGGAACGGAUAUCUCCACCUGCGGAGAGGACGGGAGGAUUAACGUCCUGCGGCUGGAGCACAGACAACCGAUAAGAACCAUCGAUGAAGCUGACAGCUGCAGCAUCAACGCAUUGACACACCUGAAACAGCACGAAGUCAUAACAGUGAACUCAGCCGGACAGCUCAAGAUAUGGGACUUACGGCAGCCGGGCUCACAGCCAACAAGGUUCUUCAUAGUAUCUGGAGAGAAGGUCCCGCUUCACUGCAUAGACCGGCACCCAACCCAGCCUCAUCUUGUAGCCACAGGUGGUCAGAAUGGCAUUCUCAACAUCUGGGACAUGAGAAAGGAACAAUUACCAGUCACACUCUUUGAAGUUCACCAGAGUCAUGUUUGGGAUGUGAAGUUUCACCCUACUAACCCAAACAACCUGUUUACCUGCUCUGACGAUGGAACGGUCCUCCAUUGGGACGCCACCAAAGGUCAUAGUUCAACUGGUUCUGCCUUCCGCAACAUCAACACUCCUACAGGACCAAACCCUUCCAGCAACCUUCUCCUUCGGGGAUCAACAAGGACAGCGCCCCCUGUGGACAGCGAGACGUCCAGUCCGUGGCUGAGCAGCGAGACGACAAGCAACCAGUUGGAGAUCAAUCACGUUCUACCAGGAAACUGCAAUCCUGUCAACUCCCUAGACGUAGAGGGCCCGCAGUUGAUCUGCGGGACGGACGGUGAAGCCCUGUACUACAUCCCAAACAUGAACAUCUAUUUAUAGUUUUUGAUGCCAUGAUGAACUGCCAGUUUUUGGACUUGAAGAUGAAUGACAUCAUGGAUGCAAUGAGGAAAUCGAAGUGAAAUGUGUUCAAAUUCUUUAUACUUCAGGUAAUUUUGCUUGAGUUGAAUCUUCUGGAGCAAGGAGAAUGUUGAUAUAGAACAAGGUUGCGAAGAGUUGCGAUUGAUCUGAUCAAUUACAGCUAUGGAGGGCCAGCAACGUCAACAUCCAAGAUGCAGAUUUUUUUCAAAAUAUUUCCUAAAUUUGAUGUGUAUUUAUACAUUCGUUUUUCUCUUGAAGACUCAUUGUGAUUCUCUUUGUGUAUUAAGGAAAUUGCACACAUUUCCUGGAGAAAAAAUUAUGGUAUGGAUGGGUUUCCAUACAGUUGCGAUUGAUUGGAUCAAUUGUAACUCUUUGUAAGACGGGACCCUGACAUUUUUCCAGAAUAUGUGGGGGGGGGGAGUGCUGAAAAUAAUGGUGGUGUCUUAUUGAGUGCACACACCAUCCAGAGACGCUCAUGGCACUAGCCCAUCAACAGUUCCUUUGGAUAAAAAGAUAUAAAUGUAAACGAAGUCAACAAAGAAAUCUUAAAUAAUUAAAAGUAUGCCAGCAUGCACAUGUUAUAUAAAGGGGAAGUUCACCCCGACGAAAAGUCUAUCGUAGAAAUUUUAAGAAAAGAAAUAUUGGUGAAGGUUUGAAGAAAAUCCAAAUAUUGAAGGAUAUAAAUAGCAUUUUAAUUUUUUUUUAAUUAUGUUGAGACAUAAUUAGUUCAAUAAUAAACAUUGUACAGGUG